ACCCUUCCUUCUAAUAACACCAUAUUCUACUAAAUACCGUUCCAAUGUUCCGCUAACUCAUCAAUAAAAUACAGGUUCACUUACACACCUCCGAUUGAAAUAAGCCGUGAAGUGCUAAUAAACACCAUUACCAAACCGUUGAUCCAACUAAUACUGCAAACAUAUAAUGCAAACAAUACGAACAGAAUACACACAAUCUAAUUCAAACGUUAAAUUCAAAGUCAAAUUGCGAAUAUUUUAACAUUAAAACACAAUUAAAAAAUGCCGAAACGCAAUAAAGUUAUCAAUUUCAUAUCAUCAGCGAACAGUAUCAGUGCCAUUAUAUCAAAAUUUGAAGCGAAAAAUCAAUCGUUCGGAGUAAAAGACGAUAGUAGUAAUAAAAUGAGUGCAACCGAAACAACACUGCACGGCGAUGAAGUGUUUUAUGACGACAAUCUGUUGAACAGUUCGCCAGGCAAUAAAAAGACGAUUGAAUCGGAUAUUUCGACAAAUAAUAGAGACAAGAGUGCGAAAACACUUAAUAGUCGACCGGUUCCGUCACGUGAUUACUCUUUGGCACACUAUAUCCUGCAUAUGCUUCAUACAAAGCGGUCAGAACUAAAAAUGUGAAGGAAUAUGUGAAAUGGAUGAUGUACUGGAUCGUUUUCGCGUUGUUUUCUUGCACCGAAACCUUCACUGACAUUUUCCUGUCAUGGUUCCCAUUUUACUACGAAAUCAAAGUCAUUUUAGUGUUGUGGUUGCUGUCUCCAGCGACCAAAGGAAGCUCAACAUUGUAUAGGAAAUUUGUUCAUCCGAUGCUGACAAGGCGUGAACAGGAAAUCGACGAGUAUAUUAGUCAGGCCAAAGAAAAAGGUUACUCCGCUGUUCUUCAGUAUGGAAGCAAGGGUGUUAACUAUGCAACAAGUGUGAUAAUGCAGACUGCACUAAAGGGUGGUGGCAACCUGGUCUCAUCCUUAAAGAAAAGUUAUAGUCUAAGUGACUUAUCCGAACCAGAUGUUCAUCGGUCUCAAGAUGAGGUCGAUAACUUAACGAGAUCUCAACGGGUUCUUCGACCAAGAACCCACAGCACACGAUCUUCGUCGAGUGGACGAAAUGUUGAUAUGCAUUUUUCGGAAGUGGAUGUUAUUGACAGUCGCCCGAGGGGUGCAAAAGACGACUACAGUUACAUUAGAUCAACGGAGGAUAUAAGUUCUGGUUACUCGAGUGCCGAGCCACUUCCAGGCGGAUUAAGCCGUACAGCAUCAAUGACAAAUGCUUCGAAAAUUAGACUGAGAUCAAAGAAAUCGGAGGACUUGGAUUCGUUGGAAUUUGAAUCCUUGAUAUCCGAUCCUCUGUCCAUGCACUCCAAAAUCCUUUUAAGUAGAUACCCAAUGCUAAAUGAACAGCUUCAAUUGCGACAUUAUGACGAUGGAGGAGAGGGUUCUGAAUAUGGGAGGAACAUUAAAAACGUUUCUCUUGACAGCAACAUUCAGCGACAAGACAACAAACCUAUAACACUCGAUGAAAUUGACAGCGCUAAAUUUGCUAUGUUUUGUAAAUGGUUGAAUGAAAGCAAUUUUGAAUCGACACCACCAGACGCCAAAGGCGUAGCCAGUACUCAAAGUAUUGACAAGGAGUCCAGUGAUGACGAAUUUGUUGAUUCGACUAGCGAGACUGUGCCACCGAGUUCUGAUAAGCAAUUCAAAGAAACGUUGCCAUCGGUUAUAGAGCAAGCGAAUAUGAGCUCAGUUGUCCAUGAAAUAUCUCAAAUGAACGAAGACCGUCCAACAAAAAUAACGGAAAACACUGUUCAUGUGAUCAAUCCAGUCGAACAGUGCGAAUCAGUACCGAAGAUCGAAUCGGUCAACAAAGAGCAUAUUUAUGAAACAUUAGUAAAAUUGCCAUCCCAAACGAAUCUGCUGGAACUUCCGAACCCAUCACUGUUGUCACUGAAUCUGUCUUGUGGCAGUUCGGCUAGUGACUUAACAUCAGAAAAUGGAUUUCCACGUCGUCGACAUAACAAAGGUAGAGCUCCACCCAUACCGUCGACAGCGGCCCAUCUAAUUGCUGACAAAACUGUUGACACCGAACCAAUUGCUGACAAAACAGUUGAGACCCAACCGAUUGCUGACAAAGCAGUUGAGGGUACACCACAAGAAAAGGAAAAGAAAAAGAAAAAUUUGUUGACCUACAUCCCUUCCAUAUUCAAACCCGUUACUCCGUCCAACAGCUCUAAGAAUCUAACAAAAGAAACGGAAAUUUAGUUCCUUUGAUUCGAUUACGUGAAAACGGAUUGACGACAAUCAGGGAAUCUGAUUAGAUUAGCAAUUAUAUAAUCACCGAUGAAAUAUCUGAAGUUGUCAUUUGUGGAUAAAAGUAUGUCCGCUAGUUACUCCACAUUACCUCGUAGUAAGAAAACCGAACGAACUGCAAAGUUAAAAUCGAAAGUAAUUGUAGAGAAAUAAGUUAAGUGAUAAGUUAUUAGUUAAGUUUCUUUUUCGUUUUUUUAAGUAGUGGCUGUUUGAACCUCAAAUAAUUUUGUUUUUUGAUUUUUUUUUGUCGUGUAAACGCGCAUCAAUGGACUUUUAUUAUUGAAAAUUAAAUAUUCAAAUGAUGAACAUUUUAUUAUGAUUUUAAGGCGAGAAAGAACACUCACUACGAUGGGUCGUAACAAUGAUCUGAUAUGUGUUUUAACACAUAAUUCUCAUACGAUACGAUCGCAAAUGAUAUGUGGAAACAAUUAGUAAUCUAUCACUUCAGAAAGUGACUUGUAGACCUAGGAGAGGGGACAAGCAACUAUCGAAGUCUCGUAAGUCUUAAAUCCUUCAGUUUCUUAUAAAGAAUCAAAAAUGUAAGUCUCGUGGGUCUCAUUUUCUAUAAACAUAGUCGAUAAUCGGAAGCAGUUUGAAGAAAUUUUUUGGCUUUUGGGUCCGGUUCGGAUUAAGUCAAUCGACGGUCUUGGAAUAGUUAUUUACAUAACAAGGGGAAAAUGAUUUUUUGACGAGUAUGUUGCAACCUAGCUCGGGUUACAUGAAUACUCGCCGAAAAAUACCACUUUCCCCUUGUUAUGUACGAAACAUUUCAUGCCGAGGUUGGUGAAAGUACCAAUUUGGUGCCAAGGCAUGACAAAUACAUUCAAUUGCCUUUUAACAAGCAUGACAGUGGACUUGUAAAUGACAGGCUUCCAGUAUUUGACCUGCAGUUUACGUACUUUGAGUCCUAGCCGCUCAGACAGUCUUUAAGGUAACAGUUACAUAUACAAUGGAAGGACACUCACAACCAUGUCGUCUGUCACUGCUGUUCACAAGAUGAUUGAAUUCAUUAUUAUGUAUAAUAAGACUUGAAGGCUGACCUGUUUAUAAGUUCUCAUUUCUAGUUACUUGUAGACAAAGCAUGUCAGAUAUAGAAUCCAAUACAACAUUGAUGUAAAAAGCCAAUUUUAGCGAUGACCGCUCAAGGCUACGACCUUAAUAUUUACGGAGAUUGAUAUACACCACAUAUUAUAUGAAAUCUAUCGUCCGUAAAAUCGUUCUGACAGCUAAAAUCAAUGGAUAUUUUGUUACCCUCCGUUAAGUAAUAAUGAAAUUAAUAUUUGAUUUGUCGUCCACAAUAUAAUUUAAUGAAUAUUCAACAAUUUGUCCGAUUUAUAUUCCAAUUAAUUCAAUUUCAGUUUAUUGUAUGACGAUGCCUGUGAGUUAUGCGUGUGAGUGUUUGUGUGUGUUUGGGGGUUUUUUUGAUAUAGAACCCCGCUGGUAUUGCAUAUUUUAUAUGAUUGAUUUAGGUAUGGAAAAUAAAUAAUUUCUUCAAUUUUUAGUAAUACAUUUUUCGUUUUCCCUUUUAUUGCACACAUCGAAGGGCAGCUAGACAUGUUGCACUCCAAAGAAAAUCCUUUGUUAAAAAAAACCUAAAAUUUGUUGGAAACCAUUAAAAUAUCCUUCCAAUUUUAAUGGAAAAUCCUUUAAAAUCUUGUAAAAAUGCUUGAAAAUACCUUGAAAUUGAAAGAAAAAAUCCUUUCGUUCUCGAUGUCGUAAACUAGGCUCUCGACCUCGUCUCAAACAAAGCACCUAGCAGGGUAAUAGAUGUAAUACUACUCUUUUUUUGCUAUUACCCUGUUAGGUGCUAGAUCACGAACUACUUACGCCAUCUGGAAAUGAAAUCCCGAAUUACAGUUCUAUCUAUGUAAAAUACUAUUUAGGGAAUACUUUUUAGAAAAUCCUUCGAGGAUUUUCAUCUAGACCAUCCUCUUAGGAUUUUCUUCUAGAAAAUCCUUUUGCACACAAAAUAUACAACUGUCUGCCCCUCACACACAUAAACUUUUAAAAAAAAUCUACAAAGAAAAAAAACGAAUUUACACUUGGUGCGAAAUAAAUAUGAAGAUUUUCCGUUUUUCUUCUUCAUGGUAAAUGUGUUCAUGUCAACCAAAAACAAUUUUUAUUGACUGUCCCUUACGAAAGUUCACCAUUAUAUGGCCAUUUGCCGAUGCGAAAUUGAUUAACGCGGCAAUCAACUUUCACUAAUGAACCAGAAGACAUUGGAUGCUGUUCGCAAACGCACUUGUAUGUUUUUGAGUAAAUUACUUCGAUAGGUGAAGCUGUAUCCAUAUUUGUCGGAAAUAUAAUUACCGAAGCUUGUUGCUCAAGAAACAUACUUGUGAGUUUUGCUUUUAAAUAAUCCUUAAAUUAGAGGAUUCAACCAAAAUUCAGGCCAAAAAUGAGUCUCAGAAGUGAGGUUGUUUCUCUCUAAGAAACUUCAAGAAAAACCGAAAAUUCCAAAAAGCUUCCUAUUUGUUUUGCGCCAAGUGCAACGAAACAUAAAAUUUAAAAAUAUGAAAAGUUAAAAGGUUGCGUUUUUCUAAGUGAAAUGAGAUUUUUAUGCGAAUUAAUGUAAAUCAUAGUUUAUGCGGAGAUUGCCGAAUGUGAUGGGAUCACGCACGUUUUUACGCUAUAUAAGAAAUGCUACAACAACAACAACAAAAAUCUAUAUGAAAAACAUUACGGAAUAAAGAUCGUCACAUGACAUUUAUUAUGUAAUCAUCGUAACCAAGGCUCAUUAAAAUUAAAUAAUAAUUACAAAAGUUUCACCCAACCACUAUACUCAAUUUAUCGUCGCGGUUUUUGAUAUUGCGUGAAUGGAAUGUUUGAUGAAAAUGGAAAAUCUUGUACGGCAAAAACGACCGUUUUUUUCGCUAUCAAAACAAUGGGAUUACGUGUUAAAAAGGAGAAACCAUUACACGGUUCACUAUUUAAGAACAUGAACCAUAAUAGUGUCGCAUAGUUUGUUUUAGUUGGAAUUUCUCAUUUGU